AUGUCCAAUCCAAGUAGACUUAUUGAUAUCAUCACCAAGGUGGCGUUACCUAUUGGUAUAGUUGCUAGCGGGAUUCAGUAUUCUAUGUACGACGUAAAGGGUGGUUCUCGUGGUGUUAUUUUUGAUAGGAUCAAUGGUGUGAAGCAACAGGUUGUGGGCGAAGGCACUCAUUUUUUGGUGCCUUGGCUACAGAAGGCGAUUAUAUACGAUGUGAGAACAAAACCAAAGAGUAUUGCCACCAACACUGGUACCAGAGAUUUGCAGAUGGUAUCAUUGACUCUGAGAGUUCUUCACAGGCCAGAAGUCUUACAGCUACCGGCAAUAUAUCAAAAUUUGGGUCUUGAUUAUGAUGAAAGAGUAUUACCAUCUAUUGGUAAUGAGGUUCUAAAGUCUAUAGUUGCACAAUUUGACGCAGCUGAAUUAAUUACCCAGAGAGAGAUUAUAUCUCAGAAGAUCAGAAAAGAGCUUUCUACAAGAGCCAACGAAUUCGGUAUUAAGUUGGAAGAUGUCUCAAUUACUCACAUGACGUUCGGUCCUGAAUUCACUAAAGCUGUCGAACAGAAGCAAAUAGCGCAGCAAGAUGCCGAAAGAGCAAAGUUUCUUGUCGAAAAAGCAGAGCAAGAAAGACAAGCUUCAGUUAUCAGAGCUGAAGGUGAAGCAGAAAGUGCUGAGUUCAUCUCAAAAGCCCUGGCUAAAGUUGGUGACGGUCUAUUACUGAUUAGAAGAUUAGAAGCUUCUAAGGACAUUGCCCAAACUUUGGCGAAUUCAUCCAAUGUUGUUUAUCUACCAAGCCAACACUCUGGCAAUGGCAACAGUGAAUCCUCAGGGUCACCAAAUUCCUUGCUUUUAAACAUUGGCCGUUAA